AGGAAUUGAGUCUUUAAACCCCACUUCAAUUUUUUUUUCAAAUGCCUAACCAUGACCAAAGGGUUCAAAAUCUUUAUGGUAGUGAAGAUAUUAGGGUUUGGCAUACUUUGACUCCACCAUUUCACUCUAAUUCAAUGGCUACAAGUGAUCAAGCUUCACAUGGUGGUUUUUCUCAAAUGAGUGUUACCAAUAGUACACUAGUUUUGGUAGGUUCCCCUAUUGCAAGCAGCACAAUUGACAAUGAUGGUGCUAGCAACUGGGGUGUGGGAUCGCAUCCUUCAUCAUCUCCGUCUCCAGGAGAUGGUACGUUUGUUGUCCGUGGUGGUAGAGAGGUGGUGGUAUCGAUGAGGAGCUUGAAGAAGGAGGAGGUUGAAUCCAAGAUAACGGCUUGGAAGAAUGCUAAGAUUGCUGAGAUUAACAAUAGAUUUAAGUGCGAAGAUGCGAUAAUCAGUGGAUGGGAGGACGAGCAGGCUCAGCGAUCUACACUUCGGAUGCAGAAAGUUGAGCGAAAGCUUGAAGAGAAGCGAGUGAAAGCAAUAGAAAGAAUGGAAAACGAGAUUGCAAAAGCGCAUCAGAAGGCCGAAGAAAGGAGAGCAACAGAAGAAGCAAAAAGGGGGACCAAAAUUGCUAGGGUUUUUGAAGUAGCUAACUUGAUGAAGGCUGUGGGGAGAGCUCCUGUUAAGAGUUCAUUUUUUUGAGCAUCUUGACUAUCUUAGUGUAUAUAUGAUCCAUGAUGAUUGGAGUUUUAAGGGGAUACUAAUAUGAACUGGACUAUAUUAUAUAUGGUUCAUAUUGGUACUUGACAAAGCUACUGUUGUUUGAUGUAUCAAUGUGUGUAAUGAUAUCAUAUUGUAUGGUAUUAUCAAGUACAAGAUGCCACUAUUUAAGAUUAACAAUGUACAUGUUAUCGGGGGCGGAA